CAGUCGUUUUGGCGCCGUCGUUAGAUGCGGUCGUCGGUCGCAGCGCCGCCUCGCGUGCAUCGUGUCUCAUAGAAAAUAAAUAAAAAAUAUAGUGCAAAGUUCUGUGUGAAGUGUUGAGUGAAAGUGAUACAGUGUUGCAUUAUUUCCUCAGUACAACGAGCAGGAGACGGCGUCACUCGUAAUCAAGAUAAUCAUCAGGCGACAUUAGAUUACAAUGCACCGGCGCUAAUGACUGACCAUUACACAGUCACGCGACAUCUCCAGCCAUGAACACCAUGUAAUCAUUGCGCCAUGGACCAGAACACCAAGAAAAUGUUUACGAAAACACAUCGGCUAUGGGACAGGAGGAGGCACAAAGUCGGACGAUGACACCGCCGGCCACAACAAUAAAAGAAAACAACAUUUUUCGUUGAUAACAAGCUUUUAGUGUAAAAUCGCUUUUUUGUGUGUACGCGACUUACCGUAAUCUUCAUUUGCUAGUUCGUUUCGUUUCUCGAUCAGUGUUCUCUCAAUAGUUUCAAGCAAUACUAGGUAAGGCCUUCGAGUUAGUGUAAAUAUUGUGUUCGUGAUCGCUUCUACUCAACGUUCGGGUAAAACGGGUAUUUAGUAAUUGUAUAAAGAGAAAAUAAUAGUCAAACACUUCCGUUCCUAUAGGCAAUACGUUUUUUUAAAAGUAAAUCAAUUAUACAGUUAUUUCAACGGGGCCAAACUUUCAAUCUGUCUUACAAUAAUAUUAGUUAGAUGAAUUUUACAAAUCCGGAGUCGCGAGCCACGAUGGUGCCGAAUACGACGCUGCUGGCGAGGACUACAAUGUCUAGUGGUUACAAUGGGACAUUCGGUCCGAAUUCUACGUUCUUGGUUCCGACGUAUAUGAGCCAGGAGGAGUUCUUCGCGUUGCAAAUGACCAAUGGGUCAGACGCGAACACGACGUUGUCGAAUGACACUACGGUAAACUUAGUUCUAAAGACGUGGUACCCGAGCGGGUAUUCGCCGGCGCAUAUAAUAAUAGCUUCAGUGGUUGUGACGGUGUUAAUGAUAAUGGUGGUGGUGGGCAAUAUGCUGGUGAUUAUCGCGAUAGUGACGGAGAAGGCGUUGAAGAACAUUCAGAACUGGUUCAUAGCCUCAUUGGCCGUGUCGGACUUCUUCCUCGGGCUGGUGAUAAUGCCGUUUUCAUUAGCGAACGAGCUGAUGGGCUACUGGAUUUUUGGGUUCUGGUGGUGUGAGAUACACUCGGCGAUGGAUGUGCUGCUGUGUACGGCGUCCAUCAUGAACCUGUGCCUGAUCUCACUCGACCGGUACUGGAGUAUAACUCAGGCUGUAGACUAUUUGAAGAAACGGACGCCAGCUCGCGCCGCGCUGAUGAUAGCGGCGGUGUGGCUGAUGUCGGCGCUGGUGUGUAUACCCCCCCUACUGGGGUGGCGGGUCAGCAGGCCGCCGGAGCAGUUCCCGCAGUGCAAGGUGUCAGAUGACAUUGGCUACGUGGUCUACUCGGCGCUGGGCAGCUUCUACAUACCGUCCUGCAUCAUGGUCUUCGUGUACAUUCGAAUAUACUUCGCCGCGAAGGCACGCGCGAGGAGAGGCAUCAGGAAGAAUCCGAGACCGCGACCUAACGAGCAGCAGACGAGUUUCAGUAACCCUCCGAAGGGCACGAGGCCCAUGCCCUCCACGCACCCGAUGCCUCCGGGCCAUCUUAGCAAUAAUAACGGCGAAAGCCAAAUAUCAACAAUAGAAACACCACAAGUGCAGAUACCUACAGUGACGUGCGAGCUCGCGUCAGACAUAUCGACGAGCGAGGCUGGGGACACCAUACCUCCACCGCCCGACGAACGGAAAGAUACGCUCAAGGUUGUCACAUCAGCACAAGUACAAAAAAAUCCACUGGCUUCCUGUCCACUGAGGAGUUCAACGCUCUCAGUGAACGGCGAGCUUCAGCUGCAGCAGACGAGGGGCAGAGCACCCAGCGUCGCGAUAGAUGCUGACAUGGUCUCCGAGAUGGAACCGUCAUCAUCAGACUCAGGAGUAGUGAGCCGCUGUGGAGGCGUCAAACCUCUAAAACUCAGAAUCUUCAAAAAAACAGACAGAAGACAAGAAAAAUCUCAGCCAAGCAAAUCAGAAUUAGAACCAGCGUUACCAAAACCACACAAACCUAGAGAUCCAGAGAGAGAAAAGAAGAGAUUAGCGAGAAAAAAAGAGAAGAGAGCUACUUUAAUUUUAGGGUUAAUAAUGGGCAGCUUCAUAGCUUGUUGGCUGCCAUUCUUCUUCUUGUAUAUACUUAAAGCAGCUUGCAGAAACUGUGUGAUACCUUCGAGCGCGUUCGCGAUAGCCUUCUGGCUAGGAUAUAUGAACUCUGUGCUAAAUCCUGUGAUCUACACCAUCUUCAACAAGGAUUUUAGAAGAGCGUUUAGAAGAAUACUGUUUAAGUGAUGUUUAGCCUACGUGUGCUGUUACCGCUGCGUAGCCAACAGGAUCAUGAUGGCUCAGCAGAGGGCAGCACCGAAUCUUUACAAUGUACGUUGAAAUGGACACUCAAUAGUUAUAAUUAAAUGGUGGAAGCGGUUCAGUGAUACAAGGCGAAUAUAAUUAUACACUCUGACUGAUAUUAUUUCAAUCAUCAUCAUUAAAUACAAAUAUAAUUUUAUUAAACAAUUAUUUAACCAACUAAUUAUAAAUAAUGUCGAGACUAAAUUUUUGUAUAAUUAUUUAUAAUUGAUUUAAAAUAAUUACGUUGUAUUUAUAAUGGAUAUUGUAUUGUAUUUUCUACAUUUGUAUAAUAUCGGUCAAGCGGAUAAUUGGGACAACAGUCAAUAGAACCGAAGUGACAUAAAAUUACGCUUACAUAUAAAUAAAAAUAGAUCAUAUUUAUCGUAUCAUAAUGUCUAGAUCAGCUUGUCAGAUUUUUAAGCUAUUUAUAGAAAUCCUAUUGUCAUUUCAUACAAAAAUAUAGCUAUUUAAUAAUAUAUAUUUUAAUUAUAUCAGAUACGGCUAGAAACAGUUAAACAAUAAAUUAUUUUAAUGGAAUAAUUAUUUUUAAACAAAACACUAAUAGUGCCAACCCUAAAACUGUUUACAAAUACAUAGAAUAAGUAAAAUUAAUUAUAAUAGAAAAUAUCAGGAUACUAAUGUACAUUUUAUUUUAAAGAAUAAAAAAUGGAAUUGUAAAUUAUAAAAAGUACAUAACUACUAUAAAGUAAUUCAUUUCGUAGAUUUUUUUAAUAUUCGUAGCUGAAUUAUAGAAUUAAUAUAUAAAAUACGGAGAAACUGCAAAAACACUAAUGGAUUUGAAAAAUUAUACAUACUAAUCAUAAUAAUUAUUCCUUUAAAAGUACAAUAAAGGAAUUACAUAGCUUUAAUGUCAUCAGAUUUCGUAAAAAUUAGCAUUAGCUGAGUUCGUACCCAACUUCAUUGUGGCGUAUUAAGUCUAAUCUUAACAAACAUAUAAAAGAUGAAUUAAAUAUAAAUAUAUUGUAUUUUGCAAAUAAUUUAAUGAAUAAUUCUAAAAACACAACAAAUAAACAAUAAUUUUGGACCUUUUGUGAGAUAUACUAAAUUAAUUAUUACGUCUUUCGGAUUCGUCGUGUAAAUAUUUGACGAGAAACUCGACUAGCUUCAAGCCAUGCUACAGUCGCUGUGUUGUGUAUCGCGGAAUUCUGCUCAUGAAUAUGAGACUCCAGCAUGGCUGGAAACUAGUUGAGAUCAUGUUAAGUAAUGAUGUGAGUGAACCGAAAAACAUAAUAAUUAAUUUAGGACCUGAUUCACGAAGAUUUUUAGGUUUCUACUUGUCCAACCAAUAAUUUCAACUAUUUACCAAAUGUAUACUUAAUUGCACGUAAUGAAAUAGCAAUUUAACUAAUCAUUACUGGAAAACUAUGUUACUAUAGUUACAUACUAUAAUUAUUAUUGAAAUUUUAUUUCAAUUUGCAAAAAUACUAUUCGAUUUCAAUACAUCUAUACUUUAAUUGGCAAAAAACAUUGCUUAAAUCAAAAAAUUAAUGCAAAAAAUCUGCUAAAUAAUAUAAUAAAAAUACGCCACAUUGGAUUUGGGUCUUAGGUACUGUAAACUUGCUAGAAAAAUCAUUAUAAUAGCGUCUAAUUAACAUUUUCUUACAUAUUUAUAUAUUUUCUUUAAACAUCCCUUGAAGACUUACCCAUACGCUUAAAUACGUACAAAAUAGUGAAUUACCUAUCCGUAGUUUUCAUAUAAUUAGUUGCUAUAAUUAUAAAUUCUAACAUUCACCAUAUAAAAUAUAUAACAUUUAAAAUGAUUUAUUUAAAUUAUUAUCAUAUUUUAUAAGAAAUGUUCCAUUAAAAAACUGUUGAAUUUUG